AUGCUGGAUAUAGAAAAUUAUAUUGGAAAUGAAUUUAAAAAUAAUAAAUUAUUAUUAUUUGUAGUACCAAAUGAUUGGUUACUUAAUUUUCAUCAAACAAUUAGGGCAUUGUUUUCAUCUUUUAUUGGUAAUGGGUUUAAUUUAAUUAUUGAAAAUGAACAAAUAGAUGUUGUACCGUUUGGACUGACAAUGGAUAUUCCAGAAUUUAGAGCAUCGUGUAAACUUAAUGGACAUAAUUCAAAUGAAUAUGCAUGUCACACAUGUGACAAACCAAGAGAUGGUUUAUUUAUUUGCAAAUCAGGUACAUUAAGAAAACAAGAAGAUAUUACAAAUUUUCACUCCACCAAACCAAAUUAUGCUGAACUAAAUGCUGAUAUAGAAUUAAAAAAAGUAUGGGAAAAAAAAGCAAAAGAUAUUGGUAUCAAAGGUGUGGACAGAGGGUGGGUCGAACCUUUGUCCAUUAAUUAUUUAAAAACACAACCAGACAUUUUACAUAAUAUUUUAUUAGGUGUCGCACAAAGAUGUUUAAAUUACAUUUUUGAUAAAUAUAAAAAUAAAAUUGCAAAUUUUUUAAAUAAUUUAAAAAAUGCAAAAAUAAUAGAUAACAAACCAAAACCAUCAAUUUCACUAUUUGCAAAUAAAACAAGGAAAGGAAGAGAGAAUAGAUCAAUAUUAUAUUACUUUUUAAUAUCAAUUAAAAAUCAAAUAUCAAAUGAUGAUUUUUUAAUUAUGGAACAAUUAGUAACUAUAUGUUUUAAAUUUUAA